CCGAGUUCUAAGGUACGGCGCCAAAAUCUGCCCCCACGCCUAAGACCGACGAUUGAUGAAAGAGACGAACAGUUCUUGCAGCUAAACCUCCAUGGGAGAAUCGUGAAAGAUAAUCUGACAAGUUGCUUAGGCUCGGAUAUCGAUCUUUCAAGAUAAUGUAAUGGCAUUUCCAAUGAGGUUGUUAUCCCCUUAUCCAAGAACCAGUAAGCUUCAAUCUCCAAAAUAUGCGAAAACAAGAGUUUCGGUUCCCGGCCUCGCAGCAUGCUUUUACAACACUUAUGUGCUCCAUGGUCAACUUCACCAUCACUCUUUUUCCUUCUAUGUGACCAAACCUUCAGUGCUAAAGAACUUCAAGAAGAUGGCCUUAUCCAUUAGGAGCAGUGUGGAAGAGAGUCCAUUUGAUCCUCCUUCAAAUAGCUCGAAUGGCAGAACGAGACUGACACGAAUUAUUUCAGCUAUUCAAACCAAGUUGAAUGCGAGAAUUAACGAGUUAAGGAAAAAUCUUCCAUUGAAGAUACUCUUCUUCUUGGUUGGGUUUUACAGUGCAACUGCAUUUGCAACUGUUAUUGGUCAAACAGGUGACUGGGAUGUUCUAUCUGCUGCAUUGGCUGUGGCUGUUGUGGAGGGGAUUGGGGCCCUCAUGUAUAGGGCUUCUCUUCCCCUUUUGAACAAGAUUAAAGGCCUAAUAACCAUGUUCAAUUAUUGGAAAGCUGGACUUUCCAUGGGUCUUUUCUUGGAUUCUUUUAAAUAUGAAAUGGAUGAUAUUUUUGGGUUACAUAACCUCUUCCAUUUAUACUUAGAAAAUGUAAUUCAUAUCAUUUAUUAACAAUUCAAAUUCAUUGCUGUAUAUCUUCAAAUUGCAUUAACUUGGGUUUAUUCUUUUCCAAGUUCUGAGUUCAGAGGAUGGAACCUCCAAUUCAUGGAUCUGAAGCCUUGGGACAAACAUGGUUGCUGUUUGAAGGAUUUCCUAAGAACUGGCGCUUUUUGAUUUCCAUUGUCUAACCAACUAGCUCAACCAUCUAGACGAACAUGGUUGUUGUUUGAAGACUUACCUAAGAACGGUGAGUAACUUGACAAUGCUUUUUGAUUCCCAUUGUCUAACCAACUAGCUCAACUUUCUAGAC